CCCGACACACGGACACGGCCCGACACACGGACACGGCCCGACACACGGGCACGGCCGGACACACGGACACGGCCCGACCCGACCCGACACACGGACACGGCCCGCCGCCAUGGAGCACGGCCAGCAGGAGCAGGAGGAGGAGGAGGAGCAGGAGCAGCGGGCUCAGGAGCCCUGGUUCUGGCUGGUAGCAGAGGUGGGCAGCAGCUGCUCCUGGGACACCAAGCCGGGCCUGAGCUGUGCCAGGAGGGACCUGUCGGAGCUGCCCACGCUGGAGGAAGGGCUGCUGCCCUCAGCAGAAGCUUCUGGAGCUGCAGCCCCUGCCUCACCCCUGGAUGUCCAGGAGAGCAGAUUCUCCCCCUGCCUGCCCCUGCUGCUGAGCCCAGCCCUGGCUGAGACGUUCCUGCAGGGAUCCCAGACGGAUUUCCUUCCCCUCAGAGGAGUCCCAGAUGUUUCUGGAGCAUCCCUGGAGCGUGCAGAGCCAGCCCACGUCCAUGGCAGUGCAUCCCUGAGGGGCCCAGCCCUUCCCAGUCCAUCCCAGCACUCCCAGCCCGUGGCACAGGAGGAUCCUGGAGCUGCUCCCCAGCCUGGGGAGGCCCUGGCCAGCCAGGGGGACAAUGGGGACAACAGGGACAGUGGCACUGAGCAGGAGGCACCAGCCCCCGGGGGCAGGGGGGAUCCAGCACACCCAGCUCCAGAGGAGGGGCUGGGGCAGCCCUGGAGCAUGGCUGGGAAGGAUGGACACCCCUGUGGUCACUCCUCUGGUCUCUCCUCCCAGGACAGUGAUGGCCCAGCUGCUGGCUCUGAGCGGUCACAGGGGAACAAGGAGUCCCCAGGGCAGGAGGAAUCCUCCUCCUCCUCCUCCUCAGGAACCUCCUACACAACUGCACUGACCAAAUUCUCAGAGAAGAGUGAAAGGGGUGUGCAGCAGGCAAAGGUGAAAGUGGCUGGGAGUGGAGCAGGAGCCCAGGAGAAGCUGGAGAAGGGAAAGAAGGUGCCUGAGCUUGGUUUGUCAGAUAACUUCUCUGGCCAUGCCAGAACCUCGGGUGCUCAAGAUGUGCUUCGUGCAGCAGCUCCUGGGGCAGGCAGAGGAAGGCUGCAGGAGCCUGGGGUGCAGCCCAGGGGCUCCCAGGGGCUGGGGCUCACAGCUGCUCCUGAGGAGCUGCAGGGAGCUCUCCUGGGCCAUCAGCAGGAGCUGCCAGCAGGGAGGCUGGGGACAGAGGGGCUGGUCCCUGCUGGCACACCCAGCCAGCCCCAGGACCCUGCCCCCUGCCCUGGGCAGUCCCCAGAGCCUGCAGGGAGCAGGGCUGAGCUGACUGGCUCUGACUGCUCCAUACAGAGGGGACACAAAGCCACAGAGAUCUCCCCUUCCUUCAGCCUGGGGGGUGAGGGCUCCUUCUCCCUGCUCCUGCCUCAUCCCAACUUCCAGUCCACUCCAGGGCUGUUCCUCAAGAGAGCUGGGAAGGCAGAAGGACCUGGUGGAGGCCUGGUGAUGCUUUCAGAGCUUCAGGCCUCUCCUUCCUGUUCCAGUGAAGAAGCCCCAGGGACAUCCCCUGCCCCUGGAGAGCAGCCCCCUCCCCAGAGUGCUGUGGAAGAGACCUGUGGGCAUUUGCAGUCCCUGAAGCUGGAAUCUCCCUGCCCUGGCAGGAUCCAGUCCUUCCCCUCGCUGGGCUUCCUGGAGAAGGUGGGAGCCUGGGACGUGGGCCAGCCCCAGCAGGGUCCUGCUGCCAGCAGCUCCCGUGUGCCAGGGGCAUCUCCUGCAAGGAAAGCCUCCAGUGCACCUCCCAGGCCCUCAGGCUGUGUUUCAGCAGUCCAGAGAAGCCUGGCAGACCCCGAGGACAGUGCUGCUCGUGCCUGCAGGGGCACAGGUUCUCCGGGAAGCGAGCGUUUCCCCCGCAGUGCCCUGAGCAGGUCCCAGUCUGACAGCACCGUGCACGUUUCCAGCAGGAGCAGAGCCCUGCCUGCAGGGAGCCCAGCAGCAGAGGGGGAGCACAGCCCUGCUCCGGGGGGCCCUGGCAGCUCCACCCCACGGAAGGUGCUGCCUGCAGCUCCUGCUGAAGAUGUGCAGAGCACCUGGAGGCGAGGCGAGGCCCCAGAGGUGUUGGUGUCCAGUGCUGCUCAGCUCCUUCAGAAGGAUGGGAGCUCCCCAGCUGAGGAGCACCAGGACUGUCAGGAGAAGGGAAAUCAGUCCCUCAGCCUCAGUAUUGCCACUGGUCACGACAUCGUGGACAGCUUUGGAGCCAUUUCCUUGGAGAGUUUGAAUUUUCCUGUUGGUCCUGAGGAGCCUCAGGGGGCCCUGGUGGUGCCCAGGCCCUGCCCCAGUGCAGGAGGGAACAGCCCCAUCCCCCCUGGAGCAGCCCUGGAGACCCCCAAGAAAGAAGAGUUGAAUAUUGAAGAAAGGAUCCCGGUGUACCUGCGGAACCUGGGCAUCGAGCAGUCCCCUGGCACCAUCCUGGCCCCCUUCGUGCCCCGCGGGCCCCUCCGGGAGCUGGAGUUCUCCCCCUGGGGGCUCAGGAGCCUGCAGCCCCCCCUGCACACGGCCUCCCCAGCCAGGGUCCCCCAGCAGGCCCAGGGUGCAUUGCUGCCAGCCUUUGAGAUGUCCCAGGCCAGCUUUGGCUCGGAUGUGUCCCCUCUGAGCGUGUCCCUCUCCGUGGGCUCCGAGGCUGGCUCGGAGCAGGAGCAGGACCUGCUGUCCCCCCGGGAGCUCUCUGGGGAGCCCCCAGGCAGCCAGGGCAGUGUGCCAGGCCCCCAGCUGGAGGAGGCUGCCCCAGGUGGCACAGAGGGAUCCCCUGGGUGUGCUGGAGCAGAGCAGGACCUGCCCAGCUGCUCCUCGGGCAGGGGUCCCCGGGCUCGGGGUGCCCUUGCUGACCCAGAGUCCAGGAGCUCGGGCAGCAGCCAGCAGGGAUGGGCUCUGGGGGCUUUGUCCGGGCUGGGGAAUGACAUGGAAUUGGACAGGGCGUCCUCGAGCUCCGGGGUGGGAAGUGAGAGCAGCCAGGGCCAGGAAAGGGAAUCCCUGAUGGGCCCUGGAGCCCUGCAGGAGCUCCGGGAGCUGCUGGCGCAGGCAGAGGGUCUCGCUGCCAGCUGGAGCCACCCUGUGUGCCCCACAGCCUCCUGCAGGGAGCCUGGGGAGACUCCCCCGGGGCUGGCUGGGAGGGAGGAGGAUCCCAAGGAUGCCAGCUUAGGCCAGGACUGGAUCCCAGAGCCGCAGAAGAGACUGCCGUGGGAUGAGGCUGUGACCCCGAGGGGCGUGCGGGGACAGGGGCUGGGCAUGCACCCUCUGGAUUCUGCCAGCUGCCCGCUGGAAUGGGGGCACCCCCUGGCUGUCAGCUCCCAGCGCAGGGAAGGGCUGAGGGCACUGGCCCGGGAGCCGAGGGCAGGGAAACCCGCGGGGAGGUCGGAGCCAGAAGGGAGCAGCAGCGUGGGCAGGAGCCAGGCUGCCCGUGUGGGGCUGGCACGGAGCGCUGCCAGCGGCCACCGGGGCCCUGGCACGGCCCCACAGCUGGGCCAUCCCCGUCCCCUGGAGCCCCUGGGCAGUGCCCCCGCCGGCCUGGGCGGCUCCCUGGGCUCCUGGAGCCAGGCUGGCUGGGCAGCAGGCACACGGGGCAGCGAGGACAGCAGCAGUGGGGAUUCCCUCAGUGCCCGGGUCAGGAGCCUCCUGGGGAGGGCCGGGCACUCCCGGCAGCCGGGCAGUGCCCCGGGGGCGGUGCAGAGCCGGCCCGGGGCUGUCCCGAGCCGGCCCGGAGCCACCCGGAGCCCGGCGGGCAGCAGCAGCGGCAGCAGCAGCGGGGACUCGCUGGCCGCCCGUGUCCGCCGCCUCCUGGGCCCCGCCGGCCCCGGGAUCUCGGCCAGCCGCGUGCUGAGGAGCGCCGAGGAGCAGGAGAGGCUCAUCCGAGCCUGGGUGAAGAUGAAACUGGCCAGCCAGUCCCAGGAGUGUGGGGCAGACUGGGAUGAAGAGCCCCAGCUCAGGAUGGAGGGAAUCGAGGCAGAGCUGCUCCCAAGGACCAGGGAACCUGCACCAGCCAAGGAUCCCUGGCUCUGUGGUUUGGAAGCAGCUUCUGAGUACCUGAGGAAGCAGGAGCAGGACCUGGACAGUGUCCAGGCUCCCAGGUGUCCCAGGGACAGGCAUGGACAGCUCUCCAGGAGUCGGGAGCUGCUCCAGCCCAGCUCCCCACCAGCAGCACCAUUCCCUAGAGCUGAUCCCUGGGAUUCCUCCCUGCUGAAGGACAUGCAGCUGAAACCCUGGGGUGCUGCUGACCUGCAGGAUGUGCAGCUGAAGCCCUGGAACACUGCUGACCUGCAGGAUGUGCAGCUUUCGAAGCCCUGCAGUGCUGCUGACCUGCAGGAUGUGCAGCAGAAACCCUGGAACACUGCUGACCUGCAGGAUGUGCAGCUUUCGAAGCCCUGGAACACUGCUGAGCUACAGGACGUGCACCUGAAGCCCUGCAAUGCUGCUGAGCCACAGGAGAUGCAGCUGAAGGCCUGGAACAGUGCUGACCUGCAGGAGAUGCAGCUGAAGCCCUGGAACACUGCUGACCUGCAGGAUGUGCAGCUGAAGACCUGCAGUGCCGCUGACCUGCAGGAUGUGCAGCUGAAACCUUGGGGUGCUGCUCAACUGCAGGAUGUGCAGCUGAAACCCUGGGGUGCUGCUGACCUGCAGGAUGUGCAGCUGAAACCUUGGGGUGCUGCUGAGCCACAGGAUGUGCAGCUGAAGCCCUGCAGUGCUGCUGAGCCGCAGGAGAUGCAGCUGAAGGCCUGCAAUGCUGCUGACCUGCAGGAUGUGCAGCAGAAGCCCUGCAGUGCUGCUGAGCCACAGGAGGUGCAGCUGAAGCCCUGCAAUGCUGCUGAGCCACAGGAGAUGCAGCUGAAGCCCUGCAAUGCUGCUGACCUGCAGGAUGUGCAGCUGAAGCCCUGGAACACUGCUGAGCUGCAGGAUGUGCAGCUGAAGCCCUGCAAUGCUGCUGAGCUGCAGGGGAUGCAGCUGAAGCCCUGCAGUGCUGCUGAUCUGCAGGACGUGCAGCAGAAGCCCUGGAACACUGCUGACCUGCAGGAUGUGCAGCUGAAGCCCUGCAGUGCUGCUGACCUGCAGGAUGUGCAGCUGAAGCCCUGGAACACUGCUGACCUGCAGGAUGUGCAGCUGAAGCCCUGCAAUGCUGCUGAGCUGCAGGGGAUGCAGCUGAAGCCCUGCAAUGCUGCUGACCUGCAGGACGUGCAGCUGAAGCCCUGGAACACUGCUGACCUGCAGGAUGUGCAGCUGAAGCCCUGCAGUGCUGCUGACCUGCAGGACGUGCAGCUGAAGCCCUGGAACACUGCUGACCUGCAGGACGUGCAGCUGAAGCCCUGGAACACUGCUGACCUGCAGGAGAUGCAGCUGAAGCCCUGGAACACCGCUGAGCUGCAAGAGCACAACCAGCACCCGGCCGUGGGGCACCCCAGUGCCAUGGCAGAGCUCCGUGCCCCUCUGGCACAGGACCCCCGUGCAGGGAGCCCUGCAGCUGCCCCCCCUGCCCACGGGGAGCUGGGGCAGGCCUGGGGGGAGCUGGGCAAGCCGAGCACCUCCAUCACCCUGUGCUCCCAGAGCCUGGCACGCAGCCCCAGCCUGGCCAGCAUCCUGCCUGGGGAGCAGAGGCUGGGCACAGAGCCCUGGCACAGAGCUGUCAGACAGGGCUGUCCCCCCUGCCCCACGCUGGCUGGCACUGGGGGUGCUGCUGAGGUUCCUCCUGCCCCUGCUGCCAGGGCUGCAGCUGCAGCUCCUCAGGAAACAGCCCAGCAGCCCGGGAGCAUCCAGGCUGGGAAGAGACAGACCCUGAGUGCCAAGCAGCCCCAGGUCCUGCCCGCAGCUGUGGCUGAGGGGCACAGACACAGUGCCAGGGCCGGGGGGCUCAGCCAGGAAAUGAAGCCAUCCAUUGAACCUCCCCCUCUGAGCCCAUCCCAGCUGGAGGAGAUCCCACCUGGCCACACCCAGCUCCAGGAGAGCUCAGAGGGCCCAGGAGCAGCUGCACAAAGGGGUUUGCUGGAGGGCCCUAGUGAGGUGUUGGCAGAGGGGAGGAAAAGCCCUGAUGAGCUGCCUCUGGUUCCAGAAGAGGCUGUGAGGGAGGAGUUGGGUCCUGCUCACCCUUUACCUGCAGAUGAGGCUUUAUCCACCACACCUGAGGCUCCCUCAUCACCAGUGAAGAGAUUCCUGAGCUGUGUGCACAUCACCCUCUCCUCCAGGGUCCAUCACCCCAGUGCCAGCAGUGCUGGGAAUGGGAUCAAGGUGUGGGACAAACCUCCAGGGAAGGCUCAGGCAGUGCCUUUACAAGCAGCUCCAGAAGCUUCAGUGGGAGGUGUUCCUAAAUCCCCUCCUGCUGAUGGUAUUCCCAGCUCAGCUGAGCCAGUGGCCCCAGCAGAUCCCAGCCGGGUGCUUUCCCCCAGGCAGGAGCUGCUGCUGCAGGGCAGGGCCAGAGCCAAGCUCCAGGCCUCGGGGGCUCGGGGUGCACAGGGCAUCCCCAGCUCUGCCCCUCCUGCAAAACCUGGCAGAAGGACCUCUGAUGCUGCCACGCAGAUCACCACGGAAAGUCCUACAAAAGCCACGUUCUCAGCAGAGAUCUGUGUUGAUCCCCAGGAGGGGGGCAGUGCUGCCCUGCAGCCGUCGCUCCCCAGCGCCCCUGAAGCUCCUGGGAUUGCAGCUCCACCCCACAAGGAGGUUCCCCCCUUCCCAAGGCAGCCUGCCCAGCCCCUGCUGCUGCCCUACAAGCCCUCAGGAAGCUCUGGCAUGUAUUAUGUGCCUUUCCAGAAAGCAGGAGCCAGCAGGGAGCCCGAGGCCAGCACAGCCAGCUCCCACUCAGGCUCAGAGGAUGCUCCUGCUCCAGGGAUCCUGGCCCGAGUGCGGGGUGUGGGGGAUCAGCCCCCUCCAGGCAGGGCAGCUGCCCAGCACAGAGGGACAGGCCAUGGUCACAGGCCUAAGCUGGCCUGGGCUGAGGAGCACAGGACACCUCUGGAACAGUCUUCAGAGCUCCCAGAUGGCUGCCAGCGUGUGGAACCCUCCCGUGGUGUCCCUGAGCCCCACGCCAUGCCCGCCGGGCAGAGCUGCUGCCAGCAUGCCAGGGAGCCCUCCAGGGCCGGGGCUGGAGCUGGACACGCUGCCCCCUCCUCGGGGGCUGCCCCCCAGGGCACAGCUGGGCAGUUCUUUGCCCUCCUUGCCGAGGCUGAUGACAGCAGGAGCGAGGAGCUGAGUGCCAGGGCGUCCUUUGGGCACGGGGCAGCUGGCACGGGGCUGCACCAGGGAGCUGCUGGCACCCAUCCUGGGCCACGGGGCCGAGCUGCUCACCUGCAGGACAGCCUGGGGAAGGCACCACGGCAGAGAGGCCACGCCAGGGGCAGCCUGGACGAGCUGUGGCUGAGGUUCCUGGAGCGCCAGGGCACACAGCAGCAGCUCAGGAGGAACGGAGAGCUGUCCCUCGUGGAGCGCCUGGAUCGGCUGGCCAGGCUCCUGCAGAAUCCCAUCAGACACACCCUGGCACCCACAGCUGCUGGGGAGAAGGCUCCUGAGCAGGGAAGGGAGCAGCCAGAAAUUGGGCUGGCAGGAAAAGCCAGGUCUGGGAGCAGCACGGAGCUGAAAGAGGCACGACUGGGACAGAGGCCACGUGUGAGCCACGGCAGCAGCAGCCCGGGGGAGCUCAGGGCAGCCAGGCCAGGGCAGAAGGUGAUCCAGCACCUGAGCAGGAUCCUGGAGGAGCAGCAGCACCUGAGCAUCCCGAGUGACAGCUCCUCAGAGACCAGGCUGAGCGGAGAGCCCAGCAGCUGCAGCACCUGCAGCACCUCGGCGUGGGACACGGGGACAGGGCUGGACACCUCCCCUGCCUCCGGGGACAGCAGCUCCCUGUCCCUGUCCACCAUCGACACGGCCAGGCUGCUCCGGGCCUUCGGGCAGCACAGGCUGGCCCCAAGCACUGGCACCCCGAGCCCGGCCCCAGAGCUGGCCCCGAGCCUGUCCCCAGAGCUGUCCCCGAGGCUGGCCCGGCUCUACCGUGCCAUCAGCCAGCAGAAGAGGCGCUCUGAGAAGUGGCACGAGCAGAGUGGGGAAGCAGGGGCUGAGGGAUGUCCCCAGGAGACUGCUCAGAGCCUCGGGAAGGGCCAGAAGAGCCAGAGCACCAUGCCCUUCUCAGAUUCCAGCUGUGCCAGCAGCAGCUCCUGGGGGCCCAGCUGUGCCCUGAGCCACAAGCGACGGGCACGGAUGCUGAACAAAGGGAUCCAGGCAGGGGACCUGGAGAUUGUCAGCAGUGCCACCAAGAGGAACACCCGGGACGUUGGGGUCACCUUCCCCACGCCCAGGAGCAGCCAGCAGCUGUGGGAGCCCCCGGGGCAGGGCCAGGGCACAGCCUGGCAGCAGCCCCGGGCACAGCCGGGCAGGCUCCUGACAGACACACGGACCAGGAGGAGCAGGCUGCACUUACAGCAAGGAACUGCGUGGCUUGUCCCAGCAGAGGACUUGGAAUGUGAGUCGAGGAAAGAAAACCAGUGCAGUGCCAGUCCUGGCCGUGGGCCAGCCUGGUUUGAGCCCUGGAGCAGCACAAAGGCCUGGAGAGAGCCCCUGAGGGAGAAGAACUGGGAGGAGCAGCCCAGCCUGGGCCAGGGAGCAGUGACAGCCACGGGGGCUGGCAGGGGGCUGGGGCAGCCCCUGGGCAAGCUCACGCUGCAGGAGGCCCUGGCCCUGCACCGCCCCGAUUUCAUCUCGCGCUCGGGGCAGCGCCUGCGGCACCUGCGGCUGCUGCGCGAGGAGAGGAGGCUGCACACGUCCCAGAGGGAAAAGCCCCUGCCUCCCCAGAGGGAAAAGCUGCUGCCACCCCAGAGGGAAAAGCCCCUGCCACCCCAGAGGGAGCAGCUGCUGCCACCCCAGCAGCUGUUGCAGCCUGCAGGGAGGAGGAAGGACUGCAGGACUGCAAAUCACCUGGUGUCCAACCGAGGUUUCCUGAUGAGAGAAAAAAGAAGAGCAAUUCCCAAGCAUGAAAUGUUUCAAAGAUCUAAAAGGACUGAAGGAAAGCUUGGGGAAGCAUCAGCACAGGAGAAGACAAAGCAGGGCAACACUACUGAAAACACUGGAAUUUUGGAAAUGCCUAAAAAGCUUCAGUGAGGUGAUUGCUGUGCUGAACUGCCAUGGCUGGAGGGGCACGGGGCUGUCCUGGGCUGGGGACACCGGGGACAUUGAGCUCCAGCUGGGUCACCACAGCUGGGCAGAGCUACAGGUGCUGCUCUGGGGAGGUGCUGGGGCAGGAGAGGCAUUGCAGGGACAGGAGUGGGGCAGUUCCAGGGGCAGGAAAAGUGUUCCAGGGGCAGCAGAGCCAUGCCAGGGGCAGCAGAGCCAUCCCAGGGGCAGCAGAGCCAUCCCAGGGGCAGCAGAGCCAUCCCAGGGAUAGCAGAGCCAUCCCAGGGGCAGCAGAGCCAUCCCAGGGGCAGCAGAGCCACUCCAGGGAUAGCAGAGCCAUUCCAUGGGCAGCAGAGCCAUCCCAGGGAUAGCAGAGCCAUUCCAUGGGCAGCAGAGCCAUCCCAGGGAUAGCAGAGCCAUCCCAGGGAUAGCAGAGCCAUUCCAUGGGCAGCAGAGCCGUCCCAGGGGCA